CGCGUUUUGCAACCUAGCCAGAUUUCGUUGUUUCACAGUUCCAAAAUGUUUAAACUCUUCUUGGUUUUAUUUCUUUGUUACAUCGCUGCAGAUUGCAGACAUCUGAAACGAAGUUUCGGCUGUGAUAGUGCUUUAGCAUGUCUCGUAAGUAGUGGACCAGACAACCUAGAGAAACCCAGCUUCGAACAGUAUUGUCAGAAAGCAAAAGCUGCCGCCUCCUGUUACCACCAUGUUGAGGACCAAUGCGACGACCAAGAUCUUAAAUAUAACAUUAGCACUCAGAUCAACUUGGAUUAUAUCAUAUGUUCGGAUGGAGGCGAAGAGGAGGACUCUGAGUGCGCCACGAACAUGCAGAAGUUUAAUGAAGCUGCCGAAGCUGCAGUAGGCUGUGUGGAGACCUAUUUAGAAAAUGAAAGACAGCUUGCCUUAACCUCUGACACGAAUUCUGGUCACGAUGCUUCAGCCGUCAACGUUUGCCAGUUGGUAGAUCAGCUGUACCAAUGCGUGCUCACUACAGGUACUGAAAUCUGUGGCAGUGCUUAUGGAAGUUUCCAGAGCCGCUUGUUUGAAUUAUCGAAUGGGCAAUUCUUCCACGGCUUAGAAUGUCACUCUCAUGCCAGGAAGGCUCGUCGUAGUGUUGAGAAUAUAUUUCCAUUACUGCCUAAGAAAGCCAAACUAAAACGGUGAACAUCUGUUUUGGCGUAUUGAUAAAGUCUAUGCUUUAUAGAACGGUUUUUUUUAAAAAAAAUCGUUCAUUUACUA